AUGUUCGCCCCUGCUGCCAUCCUCGCCCUCGCCGGCGCCGCUGCUGCCUCUCCCCUCGCCAUCGUGCCCAGCUACCCUCCUACCCAGCAGUCGACCGGCUUCCGCCUCGUCGUCAACGUCACCGACAAGGCCCUCGACUUCAAGCCCUCGAUCCAGAACCUCUACAUCAACACCAUCCACGUCGGCGCCGGCCUGAACCAGGUCGGCCUCGGCAGCAAGGACAACAACCCGAGCACCUGGUACCUCAACGGCACCCUCGCCGACAGCCGCUUCGGCGACGUCGACGUGACCCUCAUCACCGACCAGGGCACUCCCCUCUCGCCCUACGGCUUCUCGCUGGUCAAGGACGCCGGCUCCUCGACUCUGUCCACCGCCCGCGCUGACGGCGGCCGUGGCACCACGGGCAUCUCCCUCUCCCACUUCCCCGAGGGCUACCGCUACCUCGAGCCCGAGACCUUUGUCGUCUGCAACGAGUCUCUGGCCUACUACCAGGGCACGCACUUCCUCGUCCUUGAGCAGGCCGCCACCACCAUCAGCUCCACCGGCCAGAUUGAGAAGAACAUCCCCGCCGGUUGCGCUCCCGUCCGCCUGCUGCCCGAGUGUGCCACCCUCGAGGAUCUCCCUGCUGGAUCCUACUCGAGCCACGAGUUCGCCAUCAAGAGCGACUGCUACCCCGACGUUGCCGCCAUCAACUGGAGCCAGUACGGACCUUAAAU